ACUGGACAUCCUCCUGCUGCAGAGAGACCCGCCCAUGAGGGGCCACCAACCCCACCCCCUGCCUUGAAAUUUAAAGGAGGCCGGGAGCUGUGCAGAGAGAUUGACGCUGAGGUCCUUCAAGACCCGGAGCUGACAAGAAAACCUGGGAAGGAAGUCAAGGAGUCGCGUUUAAGGGACACUCUGAAGAAAUGAUGACUAAAAUGAAGAGAGAGCUGUUGUGCAUACUGCUGCUUUGUGGAGCCGUCUUCACUUUGCCCAGCCAGGAAACCCACAGGCGACUCAGAAGGGGAGGCAGAUCUUACAGAGUGAUCUGCAGAGAUGAAAAAACACAGAUGACCUACCGGCAACACGAGUCGUGGCUGCGCCCCAUGCUCAGAAGCAACCGGGUAGAGUACUGUUGGUGCAACAGCGGCCAGUCACAGUGCCACUCUGUGCCCGUCAAAGGUUGCAACGAACCAAGGUGCUUCAAUGGGGGCACAUGUCGGCAGGCUCUAUAUUUCUCAGAUUUUGUCUGUCAGUGCCCUGAAGGAUUUAGUGGGAAGCUCUGUGAAAUAGAUGCCAGUGCCACCUGCUACAAGGACCAGGGUGUCACCUAUAGGGGCAUGUGGAGCACAGCGAAAAGUGGGGCUGAGUGUGUCAACUGGAACAGCAGCGUACUGGCCCGGAAGCCCUACAAUGGGCAGAGGUCAGAUGCCAUCAGGCUGGGCCUUGGGAAUCACAAUUACUGCAGAAACCCAGAUGAAGACUCGAAGCCUUGGUGCUACGUCUUCAAGGCAGGGAAGUACAGCUCGGAGUCCUGCAGCGUGCCAGCCUGCUCCAAGGAAAAAAAUGAGGACUGCUAUUUUGGAAAAGGGUUAGCAUACCGUGGUACCUACAGCCUCACCACGUCUGGUGCCUCCUGCCUCCAGUGGAAUUCCAUGAUCCUGUUAGGCAAGGUUUACACAGCGUGGAAGACCAAUGCCAAGACACUGGGCCUGGGCAAACACAAUUACUGCCGGAAUCCAGAUGGAGAUGCCAAGCCUUGGUGCCAUGUGCUGAAGGACCUCAAGUUGACGUGGGAAUAUUGUGACAUUCCCCAAUGCUCUACCUGUGGCCUGAGACAGUACAAGCGGCCUCAAUUUCGCAUUAAAGGAGGACUCUUUUCGGACAUCACCUCUCAUCCGUGGCAGGCUGCCAUCUUUGUCCAGAACAGGAGGUCAUCAGGAGAGAGGUUUUUGUGUGGGGGAACGCUGAUCAGCUCCUGCUGGGUGCUGUCUGCUGCCCACUGCUUCCUGGAGAGGUUUCCUCCCCACCACAUUAAGGUGGUCUUGGGCAGAACGUACCAGGCGGUCCCUGGAGAGGAAGAGCAGAUAUUUGAAGUAGAAAAAUACAUCGUCCAUAAGGAAUUUGAUGAUGAUACUUACAACAAUGACAUUGCACUACUGCAACUGAAAUCAGAUUCACUACAAUGUGCCCAGGAGAGUGACGCUGUCCGCACCGUCUGUCUCCCUGAAGCCGACCUGCAGCUGCCCGACUGGACAGAAUGUGAGCUGUCUGGCUAUGGCAAGCACGAGGCCUCUUCUCCCUUCUACUCUCAUCGGCUGAAGGAGGCUCAUGUCAGACUGUACCCAUCCAGCCGCUGCACGUCCCAGCAUUUGUUUAAUAAAACCAUCACGAACAAUAUGCUAUGUGCUGGAGAUACCCGAAGUGGAGGGAACCAAGCAAACCUGCAUGAUGCCUGCCAGGGUGAUUCUGGAGGCCCCUUGGUGUGUGAGAGUGACAGGCACAUGACUUUGGUCGGCAUCAUCAGCUGGGGCAUUGGCUGUGGGCAGAAAGAUGUUCCGGGUGUGUACACCAAGGUUGCUAAUUACCUAGGCUGGAUUCAAGACACCACGCGCGCAUGACCAAGAAUACCCAGUUCCCUGAAAUCACAGCACACCCUGCCUUCUUCCACUUCAGAAGACACAUCAAGGCGGAGUGCUUCUUUACAAUGAUUUCUCCAUGAGCCAUCACACAGUACAAGUUGUGGGGUGCGGGGAGAUCUGAUAGGAAAGGGGAGAGGAUAUAUUUUCACAAGUACUUCCCAUUUUGGAAGUUUUCAGGGGUUAAGUUCUGAUUUCAAAAUGUCUGUCAGAUUGGAAGACAGAUAAAUGCCAACCCCUCCAAGACUACUGCCAUCUAAGGCAAAGGAGAGGUGAAACAAAAGCCCAACCUCCUAAUCUGUCAAUAUGAGAAGCUCUGGAAAUUAGACCACAAAGAUAAAAGCAUGUAUCUGUAGUAAAAAAAAAAAAAUAACCAGAUCUUUCAAGAAAGAAGCAUCACAUUAGAAAUAGAAUGUCUAUUGAUAGUCAUGAGGAAGCCCAACAGGGGCCUGGGCCUCCUAAUAAGGAAUGGGCUGGCUGGCCAGAUCAUGUUCCUCAAAACCAUCCCUUAAAUCAAUUAUUUGGUUUUCCCCUUUUUCACUCUACAGCUCUUAGAAGGAAUUCCUUUUGUGUACAGUGUAAAUCUUUAUUCGUUAUAAACUUUAAAAUAGAAGAAUUGUAUCAUUUUAAUAACUGAUAAACUAUACUUUAGCAUAUUUAUAUCAAUCCAUUUGAGUUUUUACUUUCUGUUGCCACAGAUCUGUAUUAUACUGCACUGAAAUAAAAAAUUCAGAUAUAUUUUUCACAUA